UCAAAGCAAAGAAAGAAGGACCAACGAGGAUGAAGGCUAGCUCCUACUCCUACAAGAGGGUCCUUGUCUUCCCUUCGUCCGUCCUACAAGUUGGCUUGUUGGCAACUAUAUCUUUAUAAUAUGAAUAGACAGAUGUCAAUCAAACUUUUUUUCUUUAAAAAGACCCUCUCUCUCGAUCUCCCUCCCCCCUUCUCACUUGGGUUUUGAGUUCUUCAGAUGAUUUGAUCUCCAGCAAAAGAGAAUCAAGAUUCAAAAGAUGAAUUCCUGACAGCCAAUCGAUUGUAGAGAGAAAAAUAAGCGAUGUUUAGAGAGAGAGAAAAGAGGAAUUCAUUAAUGGAGGAGGACCAAGGGGAGAAUCAGAUUCUGGAGAUUAACCUGAUCUCGGCCCAAGGUUUAAAGACGCCGUCCGGAAGUCGUCGCCGGAUGCAAACCUACGCACUCGCUUGGGUUGACCCGGCAACCAAGCUCCGGACCCGAACCGACCGUGUCGGAGCCGAAAACCCUACUUGGAAUGAGUUGUUUCUUUUUCGGGUUUCUUCCCACUUCCUUGCCUGCGAACCCUCCGGCGUCACCGUCGAAAUCUACGCCGUGGGCUACAUCAGAGAUUAUCUCAUCGGCACCGUACGGUUUCUGCUGAGUAGUUGCCUCGGGAAAUUCCCCUCUUCGGCCGACGCAAUUGGAACUCCGGCGUUCACUGCGGUCCAAAUCCGGCGUCCUUCCGGUAGGUUUCACGGAGUCCUCAACAUCGCCGCUUCGGUUUGCAGCAGCACUUGUUCCGAUUUUGAAAUAUUCAGCGGUGCGUCGGCAAUUAGUUUCCGUGAUCUGAUGGGUGCUGAGAUCAAGAAAGAAAAGGAGGAUGAUCGCCGGAGACGGCGAAGGCUGAGCCGCAUAGGGUCGAGUAGGAGCAUGCAGUCAUGCGGUGGAGAAUCUUGUGACUUUGACUUCUCGUCGUUGGACUUGUCGUCGGAUGGUGCUGAAUCGACGACGUCGUCUUCGUCGACGGCGUCCAAUGUUUUGAAAGAAUGGAACGGAGUCAGAACGGAGGUGGCCGGAAAACUCAAGGAACUGAAAAAUGAGGGUGGUGGAGGAGGAUUACUGUGCGGACUUAUGCUGCAGAGGAAGAUUCGUUUCUGCCCGUCCGAUCCAAAUUUGCGUUUCUGGGAAGAGUCGUUGGAAAGUUAGAACCCUUGAUGAUACUCUGGAUUUCUGGGGGGCUCUUUGUUAUGAAUUUUGACGGCUACGAUUGUGCAGAAGACCCCCUUCUUUAAUUGCAGAUAAAUCAACUUGGGCUUUUGCUAGUUCUCACCUGCUGUUGUCGAUUUGUUGGGGAAACUUUGAAAGUUGGGUAGCCGUAAGUUUUUCUGGCAGCAGUACUAAGUAGGAUAAUGGCGAAUUUAGGGAAUUUUUUUUAGUGAAAUUAGUGAAUUUUUCUGGUAUGCAGGUUGUUUUCAAAGAAAAUUAGUAGCAAUAAUGUUGUUUAGUUCAUCUCCAUUCGGACAUUUGCAUUAUAGUUAA